UCGAGGGUGACCCCCCCCAAGUAACCCGACCUACCAGCAGACCACCUCGUGCCAUAGGAGCCUUAUAGUGCACCUCCCUCCCACCCCGCUCUCUCUCGCCACCUGCUUCUCUCCUCCCGCUUCCAUUCUCCAGUUUCUUGGUCUCUCGACGCCUGAAGCAAUCGUGGGGAAGGAAAACAAAUAAACACGUCUGCACACUGCGGAUCGUCCCCCCUAUUUGCUAUCCGCUGCACCGUAUUCUCUCGCAGGAGGGCUUUGGGCUGUGGUAGCAAUUUGAUUGCAAUUGAUUCCCGUGGCUCUUUCUAUUCUACAAUUUCACCAGCAAUUGCUACGAGUGCUCCGCCAUGGCGACCAUCCUCCGACAGCCAUUUGCUCCCCUCGAUGGGGCUCGGCUGAAGAACCUGACGAGCCUGAAGAACAGACAGAAUGCCCUCUCUUCGAACACUCCCGUGAAAAGAAAAGCUGCCGACGUCCUUGACGCAGACGACUUCGAAAAUGUCGACCCAGCCGUCUUCUCUAAGCGUUCUAAGGGUGCUGCUGCUGAUGGCUUCCCGAUCAAGGAAAACCUCAAGGCAUCCUCCUUCGUCCUGACUAAAGCCACUUCUAUGCCCAGCUUCCCCAAGGAUGUCCUCAGUCCUACCAAACCCGUCGCGUCCAGCACCACCCCCCGACCCCGUUCGUUCCUCCAGCCCAAGUCGCCCGCGGCAAAACUCAACACAUCUCUCGCCAAGUCCACUCCCUUGUCCGCUCCCGCGGGCCGGUCUCCCACUCGCGGCUCCAAGCGUGUUGGCAUCUUGGCUAACCGCCGCCGCACUGGGGGACCCUUCAGCCGGGUGGACCCUCCGUCAUUUGGCCUUGGCUCAGCCGCCCCGUUCUCAUUGGAUGCGGCGCUGAAGGGCACCAUCCCCAGUUACUCGGGCGGCUCGGCGUCGUCGGCUUCCAGGUCUGACGGCUUCGCCUCGCUGCACGAGCCUGAGGUGAAGUCCUCGUGGUUCUUCGACAUCCACGAGGACACGCCCGAGCAGGAGAUGACCAACCUGCUGCAGCACGGUACCUGCACUCUCGACAUCAGCAGCGACGAGGAGAGUGAGAUCAAGGCGAGCCGCGAGCGAGCCGAGGGACGCGACAAAGAGAACAUCCCGCCCGCCGACGACGUGAGCCAGACUACUGCUUCCCGACGGGCGGCUGCUGCUGCUGUGGAUAGUGACCAGAUGGCCAUUGAGAAGGCGCGUGGGCCCUUGGUCGAGAUGGACCCUACAGACUACUACCCCGAGGGCUGCGACAGCGCAAGCUUGGUCAUCAUAGUCGGAGACGAGGGCGCUGAGGCCGAGGCCGAGGUGCAAGCGGCCCCUGUGCUGCCCAGUGCCGAGGAAGUGGCACCACCACAGGCCCCCGAUGCCUUCGACUUUGCCACUGAAGUGAAGCUCAGUCCGGACAUGAGCGUCAACGCGCUGAUGGGCGAAGAAGAGCCGGCUGCCAAGGCGGCGCUGUUGGAACCCAUGGAGGGGACUGGUGAUAGCUUCGAGCUGUGGGAGAGCGGCAGCGCAAAAGACGAGGCGGAAGCGCCGGCAAGGAGUGCCACGCCAUGUCCAGAAACGGGCAGCACGGGCCAGGAGGAGCAAUGAUCCUUUGGGAUUUUCUUUACUCCCUCUCUUCCGUAUCCUUCGUCUUAUACUUUGGUCUUAAUACCCUGGGGGUUUGGGAAAAGGGGCUGCUGUUGGUGGGCGUUUGGGAAAUGGGUGGACCGGGGAUCACUCGAUGGCUGUUUGUUUUUGUUUCCUAUGGGUGCCAUGUGUAAUGUUUCGACGUGUUCAAGCCAUGGUUUGCUACGUAUCGUUUUUGUAUGUGUCUUUUUCUUGAGAAAUGCAAUAGAGUGUUGCUUGGUUUCAAAACUUGACUGGCCGUUGCUGCUAGGCCUGCCGCCUUAGGUUAGACAUAACCGCCAGGUCACGAUAUGUGC